GGUGUAACAGAAUCUUGUUUACAGUCAGUCUAAACUGAUUGACGGUCUUUGGCAAAGACUCUUUGCCGGAAAUAGAAAUGGAGUUGUUUUUUUUUUAAUCCCUAACCCGACAAACUACCUGCUGUCAAAAUAUAUAGAUUUAUGAAUUUCUUGGAAAAAAUAUAAAUAAUUAAAUUUUGAUGAAAAAAAAGGAUUUAUUUAAUUUCGAAUUAAACGCAAUGUUUUCCACAGAAUUUUACAAUUUUGCUCUAAAUAAACACAUUUAAUUCCCUCGGAAAAUGGACGCCAGGUUCUCUUUCGUUCUGAACUGGCACGUGGGCUAACACCACCUGUUUUUUUAUUUCGACUUUUUAACUGAAUAUCAAUCUGUUCUUACAUUUUUAUAAUCUCAUAGUCGGAUUGAAUCCCAUAAUGGUUUCUUCCAAUAUUGUGCAACACCCUAGGCAACACCAAAUUUUUCUUUUUGGGAAUUGCCCAUCCUUCCUUAAGUAACCAAUUCUCAAUAAAAAAAAAUCAAAUUAAUUUCAAGACGCGUAGCAACGUGAUCAACAUCUUUUGAUUGAGUUACAUAAUAUCUGAAUACACUCAGGAUGACAUCGAAAUUAUUAAAUAAAUAAAAAAAAACUGUAACGCAUUGUUCUUUAGAUAACAACUUGACAAACGGGUGGUGUUAGCCCUCGGGCUGUUUCAUUGAAUGGUAGAAAACCUAGCGGUUGUUUGCCGAGGCCUUUGGGCCUCAAUAAUUUUUGCGUAGAGCAUUUUUUAUAAUAUUUCUUCAAAUAAAAAUGCCAUAUAAAAAAAUAACAAAAGUCUCAUGAAAAUAACAAAUUGUGCAAAAUUAUUGUCGUCUUUAAACAAAAAAUAAAACAUUCAUUUUAUUCCUUUCUAAAUAAUAUAUAUAAUAGGAAUAAGAUACACUAAAAAAAAACUAACAUUUUUUUAAAUUAUUUUGAGUUUAUUUUCCUUAUUCUAUAACUAACCCAAUUAACAACAAAUCGGCUCGCGUCGUAAAAUUUAAACAAGGUGAAUUUAAAAAAAAAAUCAAAGACAUUAACCCUUGUAGCAAACUUGUAGAACAAGUUGUUAAAGCAGCUUUGUCACUUGUUUGCCACUUGGGAACAUGACUUAAAGCAUUUUACUAACAAUUAUUUUUGGUAAAUUUACUUCAAAAUUAUAUCAAACACAAUAAUACAAUUAUUACAUUCUUUCCUUAUCAGAACUAUAUUCUAUACAUUCAAAUAUUAACAAUUACAAAUUUUAAAAGAUUUAUUAUUUUCCAUUUAUUUUGUAUAAUCAAUAAAGUAUAUUUUAACCAAUUGCAAUUCAAUUAAAUUUCAAGAACGAUGAAAAGAAAAUUCCCUCAAACAAGCCUUCGUGAAAAUAAACUCAUGCAAUGGGCGGAGCCUUUUCGACAACAUUUUCGAGAGAAUCUGUCACUUCGCAGCAACGCACGAGCAAGAAAGAGAGAGGCUGCUUGAGUGCGGAGCUCAGUUUUUGUUCGUUCCAACUUUAUGUGCGUUCACUGACGGUCGCUACAAAAUGAUGAUGUUGACAUGCGCUGGUGUGUUAGCAUUCAAAUUUCGAUGUUGAUGAUGAAUGCUGACUGAAAUCUCUUUCAAGACGUUCAAGACUCCCUCUCUCAAAUUUUUGCCAUGUUUUUGUUCUUGGAUCAAAUCACAUUUUUCGAUUAUUUUGUAUUUUUUUUUCAAUUCAAAUGUUUAAAGUAAAAUCAUCUUUUUGACACAACGAUCAAAAUUAAAACCAAAUGAAACGAGCUUCCUCGUCAUCGCCCAUGUUUACCCAAGUGUUCAAUUCAAAUCGCUUAAAUUUCCAAACUCACCUCCUCAAAACAUCACUCGGCAAGACUGUCUGUCUCAAAGUAGGUAGUCAGUACGCCGCCUGCUUCGUCGAACGAUGCGCUAAAAUGUUCUCUCUAAUUCGAUCAAUUUUGACACUUGCCCUGCUAACCCUCCACGUGACCCACUCCCACCCAAUCAUCAACGGCGUCGAGGUUCCCCGCGGAUCAUCAUGGCCAGCUGCGUCGUUUAGCUUCGCCGUGUCGCUGCAGAGCGUUCCGCUCAAGAAAGCAGGAGCUCCUCCGACGCACUUUUGCGGCGGAACGUACCUGGGUUCCGGGUGGAUCGUAACGGCCAACCAUUGCGUGAUCGGUUUCCAGAAUCGAUCCAUUUACGCGUACAUUGGAGGACGAGCGUUGAACGAAAGUCGAGCAUCGGCGCUGUACAAGGUGGACCGCAGAGUUAGCCAUCCGGAUUUUAACCGAGUGACGCUGGCCGCCGACAUUGCGCUGCUCCACGUGCGACCGACCGCGGCGGAACAACCCAACCUCGGCGGGCUCGAUGACGACGUUCACGUUACACUUUUAUUACCGUCCAGGCCGGUCAACCGGCCGGCGCAGUCCAAUCUUAACCUACUUAACCUAGAAAGUCAAAAUGGCGGCGACGAAGACCAAGAAGAGUGUCACAUUUUCGGGUACGGAUCGGCCAGCUUUUACGGUCCCGGCAGCGAUACGCUGCGUUACGGGCCGCUCCAGCCGCUCGGGUACGAGCAGUGCGUCGAACGGCUGGGACCGGUGGUGGCGCCGGCCACUCCCAACUGUGGAAUGUUUUGCGCGAUUGGGUUCGCCGAUGCGUGCAGGGGAGAUUCCGGUGGCGGAUUGGUGUGUCGUCGGAGGUUGACCCUGGAACAGGUGCUUAACGGAGAGAGCGAAGAUCAAGCGCGGUCGCCGUACACGCUGCGUGGGAUCAUUUCGUACGGGGCCGGUUGUGGUGCUCCGGCGUCGCCGGGAGUUUACACCGACGUGGGGUUCUUUCGGCCGUGGAUUGAUCAGUAUAUUGGAGGAUCCCAACUAUAAACAACUCUGUGACGCAGAUGGAAACCAGCAAACGCCUUUCCGAAGGAACCUCGCAUCCCGGUCACUCUUAUCAGUUCGUUCCCGAGUCCAAGGCGUCCACUUUCCUGUACAAAUCCUCACAUCUAGUGUUUGCACACAGUUUAUCAACCAUCGACAGCACUCACAGUAGGCCGGCCACACCACCUCCAGCGCAGACGCUGGAAUUCGUUACGAGGUUAAUCAGAGUUUACUUCGAUUAUGUUAAUUUUAAUAUGUCGCGAAAAGUUGACGCGACGCACCGCCGAGCCUUCACAAUUAAUUAAGGAAUGCGGUUUCCCGCUCCCCCCUCGAAAAAAGUGCAAAAAUAUAAAAAUAAUACACAACAA